CAGCUUGUCUAGUGAGAAGCAAGGUAAGGAGACCAGGAACACGGUUAUUUGCAAACGCAAAUCUUCUGGUAUGUUCUUCUUUCUCAUGCUUCUGCCAUUCAGGCAUAAUUAAAUCAUGUGAUGCUUGUACAUUGUUGGUCUUAACCAACUUCUAAGGCUAUCUCGUUAUUAAGUGCACGCUAGAAAAUUUUGGCAACCACAACCACAACUGGCUCAUUCUGCCCUAAGAAGAUCUACCACGUGACUCUGUCGGUGGGGACUUUGGCUCGAUUUUGAUUGGGCAGUUCGCCACACUUUCUAGGCUUCGCCCACAAAGACAAUUUACAUUUUGGGCCUACACCACCUCAACACCACCGACUUCACUUCCUCUUUUCACCCAACCCCAAGUCAACCAGCCAGGAGAGUCACAAUGUCGGCGAAGCCCACGAGCAAGACAUUCGGAAAGUCGACCCGAGAGGUUCCUGCCUCUUCGGAGAAGGCUAAGAAGUGGUACCCCGCUGACGACGAUGCCGAGAACAAGAAGGUCCGCAAGGCUGUCCGAUCUUGGGCCCCUCGCAAGUCCCUCCAGCCCGGCACUGUCCUCAUCCUCCUCGCUGGCCGCUUCCGUGGCAAGCGUGUCAUUCUCCUGAAGUCCCUCGACCAGGGUGUCCUCCUCGUCACCGGCCCCUUCAAGAUCAACGGUGUUCCUCUGCGACGAGUUAACUCCCGAUACGUCAUCGCUACCUCUUACAAGGUCGACAUCUCCGGUCUCGACGAGAAGAAGAUCGAGGAGGUUUCUCAGCCCAAGUACUUCACCGCUGAGAAGGCCAAGGAGAAGGCUGGUGAGGAGGCUUUCUUCAAGCAGGGAGAGAAGCCCCAGAAGAAGGAGGUCAACAGCAGCCGUGCCGCCGACCAGAAGGCCAUCGACAAGGCUCUGAUUGCCAACAUCAAGAAGGUUGACAUGCUGGCUUCUUACCUCUCCAGCUCUUUCAGCUUGAGGAAGGGUGACAAGCCCCACGAGAUGGCCUGGUAAAUGUGCAAUCUUGUGCCGGGGUGAUGGGAGUACCGGGGUUGCGACACAACGGGUUGUAGAACGGCAAGGGUCUCCGAAAUGGGCUGGUUUGGCCAAUUGCAUUUGGAAGUCGACGGCAUCGGUCCUAUUUUGGCGUCUGUAAUCAGGUUUUACAGUCAAAAAAACAAACGAGCAUACAAAAUUCUAGAGGCUUCCGGUCAGAGGCCGAUGAUGAUGAACUUCACUCGGAUAUCCCAUCUCCUGAGUUAUAAAAACAACUGGUGUGAGCGAUCUUAAGAGUUCUCAGAUCUGAUCUGGUCAAAAAUGGACAUUGAUUUAUGAAUGAUUAACAAGAUUUCAAAUUUUACGUGCGUUCAUCGGUCUGCUGGUAUGUCAAUCCUCUCGGGGGGGCAAAGGGUGACUGAGACUCAGAUUCAUAGCAUCAAUAUGAGUACUAUCUCUUCUCUUCACUUAUCCUAAGAUUGCCAUCCAGUUAACGCAGCCAUGAUGUUCCAUUUUUGAUUUUACAAGUUGCGCUCUACCCAGCUCUCAAUCAUGCCAGUCAACGAGGCUUCGUAGUGCUUGAUCGAAACCUUUCCAGAUGACUCAUCCAGAGACGUAUUGGCCUGAACGAAGACCUUGCGAGGCUGCUUGUUUUUGAGAACAAUGUCACGGACCUUCUUGCCCCAGAAUUCAGUGUCAACAGUUGUCAUGUGGACGUAAAAGUCAGUACCAGUCUUAACAUCGGCGGUCGAUUUGUAGAUGUGCAGCUUCUGGAGAUACUUGGCAACAGCUGGCGGAUUUGUUAGCUCAUGUCAAGUCGUUGGAGAUAAAUCUUACCAUCUCGACCAGCCGUAAGGAUCUUGGAGCGAUCCAACUUGAUGGUCAAAUCGGAAAGAUCAUCCUCUUUGUAAUCAAGCUUGCAGAAAUCGUCCUCGGCCUCAAGGAAGCACUUGAGGAUGGAGAAGCGAGCUUGGCUAUGAGCCUGGCCCCAUUUCUGGCUCUUAGGAUCCCACAUCUCAAGGGAAGCAAGUCCAGCUCGGGCCAUGGAUAGGUAGGAGGCGAAAAGGACAUCACCAGCUUCGCCAUUGAUAUCCUCGGAACCAUCACCAAAUCCGAAAAUCUUGAGAACAGG